ACAAUUCCCUGAGGUCUCCCAGGUGGCAGCUGCCUCCCCAAGACAGGCUCACUCACCAUGACCAAGCUGAGCGCCCAAGUCAAAGGCUCUCUCAACAUCACCACCCCAGGGCUGCAGAUAUGGAGGAUCGAGGCCAUGCAGAUGGUGCCUGUUCCUUCCAGCACCUUUGGAAGCUUCUUCGAUGGUGACUGCUACAUCAUCCUGGCUAUCCACAAGACAGCCAGCAACCUGUCCUAUGACAUCCACUACUGGAUUGGCCAGGACUCAUCCCUGGAUGAGCAGGGGGCAGCUGCCAUCUAUACCACACAGAUGGAUGACUUCCUGAAGGGCCGGGCUGUGCAGCACCGCGAGGUCCAGGGCAACGAGAGCGAGGCCUUCCGAGGCUACUUCAAGCAAGGCCUUGUGAUCCGGAAAGGGGGCGUGGCUUCUGGCAUGAAGCACGUGGAGACCAACUCCUAUGACGUCCAGAGGCUGCUGCAUGUCAAGGGCAAGAGGAACGUGGUAGCUGGAGAGGUAGAGAUGUCCUGGAAGAGUUUCAACCGAGGGGAUGUUUUCCUCCUGGACCUUGGGAAGCUUAUCAUCCAGUGGAAUGGACCUGAAAGCAACCGUAUGGAGAGACUCAGGGGCAUGACUCUGGCCAAGGAGAUCCGAGACCAGGAGCGGGGAGGGCGCACCUAUGUAGGCGUGGUGGAUGGAGAGAAUGAAUCGGCAUCCCCGAAGCUGAUGGAGGUGAUGAACCACGUGCUGGGCAAGCGCAGGGAGCUGAAGGCAGCCGUGCCCGACACGGUGGUAGAGCCGGCACUCAAGGCUGCACUCAAACUGUACCAUGUGUCUGACUCCGAGGGGAAUCUGGUGGUGAGGGAAGUCGCCACGCGGCCGCUGACACAGGACCUGCUCAGUCAUGAGGACUGUUACAUCCUGGACCAGGGGGGACUGAAGAUCUACGUGUGGAAAGGGAAGAAAGCCAAUGAGCAGGAGAAGAAGGGAGCCAUGAGCCAUGCACUGAACUUCAUCAAAGCCAAGCAGUACCCAGCAAGCACACAGGUGGAGGUGCAGAAUGAUGGGGCUGAGUCGGCCGUCUUUCAGCAGCUUUUCCAGAAGUGGACAGCGUCCAACCGGACCUCAGGCCUAGGCAAAACCCACACUGUGGGCUCCGUGGCCAAAGUGGAACAGGUGAAGUUCGAUGCAACAUCCAUGCAUGUCAAGCCUCAGGUGGCUGCCCAGCAGAAGAUGGUAGAUGAUGGGAGUGGGGAAGUGCAGGUGUGGCGCAUUGAGAACCUAGAGCUGGUACCUGUGGAUUCCAAGUGGCUAGGCCACUUCUAUGGGGGUGACUGCUACCUGCUGCUCUACACCUACCUCAUCGGCGAGAAGCAGCACUACCUGCUCUACAUCUGGCAGGGCAGCCAGGCCAGCCAAGAUGAAAUUACAGCAUCAGCUUAUCAAGCCGUCAUCCUGGACCAGAAGUAUAAUGGUGAACCAGUCCAGAUCCGGGUCCCAAUGGGCAAGGAGCCGCCUCAUCUUAUGUCCAUCUUCAAGGGACGCAUGGUGGUCUACCAGGGAGGCACCUCCCGAGCUAACAACUUGGAGCCCGGGCCCUCCACACGACUGUUCCAGGUCCAGGGAACUGGUGCCAACACCACCAAGGCCUUUGAGGUCCCAGCGCGGGCCAAUUUCCUCAAUUCCAAUGAUGUCUUUGUCCUCAAGACCCAGUCUUGCUGCUACCUAUGGUGUGGGAAGGGCUGUAGCGGGGACGAGCGGGAGAUGGCCAAGAUGGUUGCUGACACCAUCUCCCGGACGGAGAAGCAAGUGGUGGUGGAAGGGCAGGAGCCAGCCAACUUCUGGGUGGCCCUGGGUGGGAAGGCCCCCUAUGCCAACACCAAGAGACUACAGGAAGAAAACCUGGUCAUCACCCCCCGGCUCUUUGAAUGUUCCAACAAGACUGGGCGCUUCCUGGCCACAGAGAUCCCUGACUUCAAUCAGGAUGACUUGGAAGAGGAUGACGUGUUCCUACUAGAUGUCUGGGACCAGGUCUUCUUCUGGAUUGGGAAACAUGCCAACGAGGACGAGAAGAAGGCCGCAGCAACCACCGCACAGGAAUACCUCAAGACCCAUCCCAGCGGGCGUGACCCUGAGACCCCCAUCAUUGUGGUGAAGCAGGGACACGAGCCCCCCACCUUCACAGGCUGGUUCCUGGCUUGGGAUCCCUUCAAGUGGAGUAACACCAAAUCCUAUGAGGACCUGAAGGCGGAGCUUGGCAACUCUAGGGACUGGAGCCAGAUCACUGCUGAGGUCACAAGCCCCAAAGUGGACGUGUUCAAUGCUAACAGCAACCUCAGUUCUGGGCCUCUGCCCAUCUUCCCCCUGGAGCAGCUAGUUAACAAGCCUGUAGAGGAGCUCCCCGAGGGUGUGGACCCCAGCAGGAAGGAGGAACACCUGUCCAUUGAAGAUUUCACUCAGGCCUUUGGGAUGACUCCAGCUGCCUUCUCCGCUCUGCCUCGAUGGAAGCAACAAAACCUCAAGAAAGAAAAAGGACUAUUUUGAGAAGAGUAGCUGUGGUUGUAAAGCAGUACCCUACCCUGAUUGUGGGGUCUCAUUUUCUCACCGGUAUUAGUCCUACACAAAUUGAAGUGAAAUUUUGCAGUUGUGCCUAUGAGCACAAACUUCUGUGGCAAAUGCCAGUUUUGUUUAAUAAUGUACCUAUUCCUUCAGAAAGAUGAUACCCCAAAAGGA